GAAACCAAAAAGAAAAAGCGAUCCAGGAGGACCUGCUGCCCCCUACGCAGACGAGUACGGGCCCCUCCUAAAACAGAGCCUAUCAGUUUUCAGACCCUUGGGGGUCUGGGAGGACCUGCUGCUUUUCCUAAGCAGACGAGUAGGGGCACCUCCUAACACAGGACUUUGCUCAGUGACUUCCCAGCUGGUUCUUGGCUGGCAAUGGAGGGCAACAGGAUCCCAGUAUGGCUUUAAUUCUGUGGGGAGGGAAUAGAGGCUUUGGGGGGCCCUCCAGGGUUCAUAUAGAGGGUGUUCCAGCUAUUGUUUGGGCUAGUUGAAGAGCUGAAGAAAAUAAACCUUCCUCUCUCCUUCACUUCUUUCAUCUUCAUCCUGCAGGUGCAACCAGGAAAACCUUUGGAGGAAGCUCUGCUUGCAGGAUCCCAUCUGGCUCAGUCACCAGGACCAGAAGUUUCAUCUUCUCAGCUUUUGGACUCGUGCUAGAGCUCAUCCUCCUGCCCAUCUUCCAACCUUUUGGCCAAAGUUCUGCUUGUUACAGUUUCCUUGGAUUGAAAGCUGUGGACGUGAGCAGCCCCUGGAGACUAUGCAGAGGGAGGAACACGUUGGCCAAAGGUCCCUUCAGAGGAAUCUAGGGAGACCCUACAAAUGCUCCAAGUGCGAGAAAUCCUUUGCUCACCGGUCCUUCCUUUUGAUCCAUCGGAAGCUGCAUACGGGAAAUGGAUCCCACCUGUGUUUUCAUUGUGGAAACUCCUUUCCUGGAAUGUGGAGCUUUGCCAAACAUCUCCGGAGCCACCCUGGACUGAAGCCUUAUAAAUGCGGAGAAUGCGGGGAGCGUUUUGCUAAAGGCUCAGACCUUGGAGCCCAUCAGCGAAUCCACCAGGGAAAGAGAUCUCAGGAAUCCUGGAAGCGCUGGGGAAGAUUUCCUGGGAGACGACAUCUUUCUAGGCCUCAGAAGAGCCCGACUGAAGAGAAGCCCUGCAAGUGUGUGCAAUGUGGGCUGUGCUUUUCUCAAACCUCGCAGCUUCUUAAACAUCAGCAAAUCCACACCAGAGAGAAACCUUAUCAAUGUAUUGAGCAUGGGAAAUCUUUCCGUUAUAAACAAAUAUUUAGAAAACAUGAGAUUAUUAACACAGAGCAGAGUCCUUAUAAAUGCUUUGAGUGUGGAAAAUGUUUCACUCGGAGCUCAUCUCUUUGCAAACAUAAUAAAACACACACAAAGGAGGAAAGCAAAACGUGCCUAGAAUGUGGGAAGUGUUUUUCCAGGAAAUCGUACCUUGUUCGACAUCAGAGAAUUCACACUGGGGAAAGACCCCAUGAAUGCCCAGAAUGUGGGAAAUGUUUUGUCUACAAGUCAAAGCUAAUUCGACAUCAAAGAAUUCACACUGGAGAAAGACCCUAUCAAUGCCCAGAAUGUGGGAAAAGAUUUGUCAAUUCUUCGAAACUUUGGAGCCACCAAAGGACGCACAAGGGAGAAAAACUAUAUAAAUGUAAAGAUUGUGAUAAAUGUUUUUCUCUAAAGGCAAAUCUUUUUGAACAUCAGAAUAUCCAUACAGGGGUGAAGCCCUAUAUGUGCAUUGAAUGUGGAAGGUUUUUCCGUACAAUACAAAUCCUCAAAAAUCAUGAGAAUGUUCACAGAGGGGAAAAAAAGUUCAAAUGUUUAGAAUGUGGGAAAGCAUUUGGUCGUUCAUCAACCCUUAGAAUUCACUGCCAAACUCAUACGGGUGAGAAAUGCCAUAAGUGCUCAGUCUGUGAGAAAUCUUUUACCCGGAAAGAUACACUUUUGAUGCAUCAGCGAAGCCACUUAGAGAAACAAUAUAAAUGUCCAGAGUGUGAGAAAACUUUUCCUUGCAAAUAUUAUCUUAGAAAACAUGAGAGGAUUCACAAAAGAGAGAAGCCUUACAAGCCUGUGCAGAAAAAUGAAAUGUGUCCAGAAUGUGGGAGACGUUUUGCCAGAAAGUCACAACUAAUUCACCAUCAGAGAUUUCACACAGGAGAAAGACCCUAUCUGUGCCUAGAAUGUGGAAAAUGUUUUGGGUACAAGUCACACCUAAUUCGACAUCAGAGACUUCACACUGGAGACACACCCUAUCAAUGUCCAGAAUGUGAGAAACGAUUUGUGGAGUCUGCUGGACUUCGGAAACAUCAGAGGAUCCACACAGGAGAGAGGCCUGUAAAUGUGGGGAGUGUGGGAAAAGUUUCCCCCCCCCCAAAAAAAAACACCUUGGAAAGCAUCAAAAGGUCCAUACAAGAGUGAAGCCAUAGAGAUGCAUAGAGUGUGGGAAUAUUUUGCUCAAAAGGGAGACAUCAGAAAAAUCACAUGGAAAAAGCCCUAAGAGGCCCUAAUGGUAGAACAGUUUUUCACAGUUGUUCAACCCUUAGAAGUCAUAUAAGAAAUGAUAAAGGGGCCAGGGCGGGGAAUAGAAAAUCUCCAUAUAGGUGUCAACGUUCCAGAAAACCUUCCUUGGAGAAAAGACUCCGAGGCCCACAUCUUUCAAAAUUCUUUUACUAGGAUAGGAUAUCUGGCACAGUUGGUGGAAAUCCGAAACUGGGGAUCCGGGUUCCUCCCACAGUAAUAACAACCCCAAAAUCCCCACCCUCAUGACCCUUCUGCCGAUCACAUGCUCCAAUCUUCAAUCAUCCCAUCUCGAGACAUCACUCCAGCCACUCCUUCUCCAGAUGUGUACUCAGCCUGACUUUGACCAGCAGGAAGAAUGUUGUUAUGUCUAAUCAUCCCUCGUACUACCACUCCCAACCCCUCCUUUCCCAUACAGGAGAAAGUGGCAGUGUGUGGAAGCCUUCAGCCUAGUAUGGCUUCCAAAGCUGACAAGUUUCCCCCCCACAGAAGAAAAAACACCCUGGAAAAUAAAACAAACAAAAAUGCAAAAUAAGUUGCUAAUGCCCAGCACAUACUCUCCUAACCCCCUCACCCCCCUCCUGGAGGACCCUUAGGUUUCUCAGGGAAUUUAUCAUGAAAUUGCUUGACUACAGCAUCAGCAUUUACAUCCCAACUUUUCACCCAAGUAGCUUCAGACAAUGAGUACCCCUUCCAGUGGACCAAAUAUUGCAAGCGGCCCCUGUACAGUCUCGAGUCAAGGAUUUUCUUAAUUUCGUAAUGGGUCUCUCCCUGGAUUACCAAAGGAGGAGGGGAGCAGCUGGUAAGGGUCUCAAGCUAGAUCCCUUAGCUGGUUUCAAUCAGCUACUGUGAAACACUGGGUGCACUUUCCCUAAUAUCCGAGGGAGGCUAAGUUGGACAGUCACCGGGUUAAUUAUCUUUACUGUAAGGAAAGGACCUAUAAAUUUGGGACCAAAUUUUUUGCUAGGAAACCUCAAUCUUAGGUAUUUAGUUGACAAAUACACCCUAUCUCCUACCCGGAAAGGUGGUUGAAGAUAUCGGUGUUUGUCGGCCUGGGCUUUAUAUUUUUCUGCUGAUUCAGCCAAAGCUUUCUUAGUGUCCUCCCACCCUUUUUUCAAUGAAUUCAUCCAUUCCGUCAGGGACAUGGAAGUGGGGGGUUCUAUAGGGAACUCUGGCAUCGGCACAAAAUCCAUGCCUGUGGUGGUCUCAAAAGGGGUUAAUCCCAUGCUACUGUGUACUGCAUUAUUAUAUGCCACUUCUGCAAACGGUAACAAGUCUGCCCAGUUCUCUUGCUAGUAGUUUACAUAACACCUAAUGUACUGUUCCACCAUUGCAUUCAAUUUUUCAGCAACUCCGUUGGUGGCUGGAUGGAAGGUGGAGCUAAGUCCCUGGGAUGACCCAAUGGACCGUAGGAACUCCUUCCAGAACUUAGCAGUAAACUGGACUCCACGA